GUUGGUCUUAUAAAGAAAUACAAUAGUAUUUAAAUUUAUAUAUGAUAAUUUUUUUGCUUCAAGAUACUUCCUGUUUGAAGUUGCACAUUUCAACCAGCAUCUAGUGUGGUUAUAUUUUAUAAUAAUUUUUAUUUUUCGUGUUCUCUAUAAUGGAUGAUACUACUGCACAAAAGAAUUGUAUGUUACAGGUUCAAGAAUAUAAAGAUUCCUUAAAAAGUAAAGCUGAACAACUAUUACUUAAAGGAUUCCCUGAAAAAAUAGUUAAACUGAAUGAGUUAUUAGCGGCACCAAGUUUUUCUAAUCGUGUUUUAUCAGAAGUUCAUCAAGAAUUAAAUGUUACCAUUCCAGACCCCAUCUUAAUUAAUCACUCUGAUGAAGGGCAUAAAAAUAAAAGAGUAAAAUUAGAUAAUAACAGUGAAGAUGUACCCGGCACCAAAGUUAUGAUUUUGCCAAAUGGCCCAAUACCAUGCAACAAACGUCUAUGUGACAUGAUUCGCAUAGUUAAACCAUACAUUAUACAACUUUUGGAGGAUUCUAAUUUGUUGAAAAUGUGGAUUUCAUUCAUGAUUCCGAAAAUUGAAGACGGAAAUAAUUUUGGAGUCUCUAUUCAAGAAGAUACUUUAGCCGAAAUUCAAUCUGUUGAAAGCGAAGCUGCUGCAUUUUUUGACCAAAUCUCUAGGUACUUUGCGUCGAGAGGAAAAAUUCUCAGUAAAGUCGCAAAAUAUCCUCACAUUUUGGACUACCGACGAGCGGUUCAAGAAAUGGAUGAAAGAGAAUAUACAAGUUUAUGGCUUGUCAUGAGCGAAGUACGCAACCGUUACUGCUCGUUACAUGAUUUGGUAAUAAAAAACUUAGAAAAAAUAAAAAAACCGCGGUCAUCAAAUGCCGAAUCUCUUUAUUGAAAUACUGUCUGAUUGAAGAAUAUCGAAAAGAGUGUAUCACUAAAAUACGUACAUACAAAUAUAAAGUGGAUACGUUCUGUUAAGAAUCAUGAAUAAAAUUAAUAUUAUUUUUCCAGUACUAUUUUAGCACAUUAAUUGAUUUGUCUGUAAAAAAACGAUGUAAUAAUUGUAUUAUGAAUUUAAUCUAAGAACGUAUAACCUUGACAUAUGAUUGACACUCUUUUCAACACCUGAAAAUUCGAAUUUUGUCAGUACCUCUGUAAAGAUUUACCUAGAAUUAUCAUAAAACAAUUGUGAUAGUUCUUUCAAAUUUAAUAAAAUACUCGACUAAGAUUUUUUUCAU